AUGCUUUAACCUAUCAAUUAAUAGACUUAAGAUAACGACUGCUAUCGAAAAAAAAGAAUCCUCAUUAAACGAAACUCCAAUUUUCGUCAAUUCAAUGACUUUUUGACUGUCUUUAAACGACCAAAUUAAUCUUUACGCAAUUUUUACGUAACUCUAUUUAUAGACUGUAAAAAUGCUUUCCAAUUUUAGAAGCAUUGUUCAACAAUCAAUGCGCAGUAUAUCUUUAUUAGGCCGCGUGAAUAAAAAAUUCACAAUUAACGAUAAUAAUGAAUUUGUAGAUAAAGUGUUAAACAGUCGAAUUCCCGUGAUAGUUACAUUUCACGCCGAAUGGUGUGAGCCUUGUAAAAUUCUAACUCCAAAACUUGAGGAAUUAGUUGAACCUUUGGAAGAUUUACAUUUAGCAAUAGUCGAUGUUGAAUCAAAUCCCGAAUUGGUUCAUACAUUCGAAGUAAAAGCUGUACCUGCUGUUAUUGCCGUCUCCAAUGGACUCGUCGUUGACAAGUUCAUUGGUCUUGUAGAAGCCAAUAUGAUAGAGAAUUUAAUACAAAAACUUCUUAAGAAAGAUUCGAAAAAUCAAAAAACCUAGUCAUGCUUUCAAUGAAUUAAAUUAUGUAUUCAUUAAUGGGACAUUUCGCGUAUCAUUUCCAUUCAAUUGGUGAAAUUUUAUUGGAAUUCUUUCUUUUAUUUCGUACUUAAUUUUCUGUUAAUUCUUGUUAGAAAUUUAUGCUUUUAAUUCAAUUUUCAAAAGUGUUUCUAAAUUUCAAUUCA